AUGGUCUUCCGAUGGGGAACUGUUUUGGCUUGUUUGGCUGCCCGCUGUGCCUCUCUCUGCCCGCCCUCUGAGUACCAAGCUGAGCGCCUAGUGUUGAGUUGCACGCCAGGGAACGGCAGCGUGCGCCUGGACGUGUCGGGCGCGUGGUCUGCAGAGGUGGGGCAAGUGCCCGUGGGAUAUCGGAACUUCGAGCUUUGGCUGACCUCGGCCUCGAGCAAUCGCAUGCAUUUGUGGCUGCUGAACGAGACGGGGCACUGCCUGGUGGGCCUUCCGAGCUGCCCCGUCCGCAGCUCGUGCAAUGAGUCCGACUACUGA